AUGAUUCUUAUGUUUGUAUCUAUUGUAAGUUUCUCGUGGUUUCCUCUCUCAUUCGGACAAAACGACAGCUGCCUAACACCAAACGCUCAGAAUGGUAUAUGCAUCGUGUACGUAAACUGUGAUUUCAUACUGCAGCUGCUGAUUCGCAACGCUAAUCUACGUGAUCCUACGAUUGAGAGCUAUGUGACACAAUCGGUUUGUGGUUAUAGUGAUACGACCCCCAUGGUAAGUAGAAUACAUGCAUCUAUAGGAGAUUUACGAGAUUCCUCUGUUCUCUACCGUCACGUCAAGGUUUGUUGUCCCACGCUAAGGUUCGCACAUCAAGGCACAAAUACGACCAGCAGCUAUACCACCGCCCCAACCGUUACAUCAGCCCCCGGGUCAUUCUUUUUCGCAAGCAUCUCCGGAGGAUCGUUCAAUCCGGGCUCCGGCACUGUAGCGCCAAGUAGCAGCACAACCAAACUGCCCACCAACGAUGCCGAUCGCUGCGGCAUGUCUAACGCCACGCACACGCGCGUCGUCGGCGGUGUAGACGCACAGCUGAAUGCCUGGCCGUGGAUGGCUGCGUUGGGCUAUCGGUCGUCGUCCUUCGAGCUAAACAGUGGACCACGGUUUCUGUGUGGUGGUACGCUGAUAACUACGACACACGUGCUUACCGUCGCGCACUGCGUACAGACGGGGCUGUACUUUGUGCGACUCGGCGAGCAUGAUAUUGCAUCCGAUCAGGACGGCGCCAGCCCGAUUGACGUCUACGUCCAGCGUUGGCUGGUACACGAGCGUUACGAUGCGAAAACCAUCCACAACGAUAUUGCGCUAGUGCUGCUGCAGAAAACCGUCACCAUUACCGAAACAAUUAGACCCAUCUGUUUGCCACUGGACGCGAAACAGCGUACCAAAGACAUAACGUAUUACGCACCGUUUAUAGCCGGCUGGGGUGCGGUCUCGUUCAAUGGGCCCACCGCUAGCAAGCUGCAGGAGGCGCAGGUUGUGGUACUUCCGGUUGAACAGUGCGCCUUCAACUACAAGCUGUAUUUUCCCGGCCAGAUCUUUGACGACACCGUGCUGUGUGCUGGGUUCCCCCAAGGGGGCAAAGACUCCUGCCAAGGCGAUAGUGGUGGGCCGCUGAUGUUACCCGAGCUUUCAACAAACGGUCAGUACUACUACUACACCCUGAUCGGGCUCGUUUCGUACGGUUACGAAUGUGCACGUGCCGGCUUUCCGGGUGUCUACGUGAAAGUCACGGCAUAUCUUCCCUGGAUCGAAUCAAACAUCAACUUCUGA